AUGAAUUGCACUCGUUGCGGAAAGCUCUUCGGCUACAACGAGAAGGUGCUUUCCUGUGAGAAUCGCAACUGCUUCGAUCACGAGGCCGUUUGUAGAAAGUGCAUGCACGAUCAUGCCGAAUCGAUCCACGUCAUGGAUAACAGCACCGAACUCGUCGCUCGUCGUUACGACAUUGAGGAAAAGAUCCGUGAUUUCAUCAACAAGAUGGAGACGAAGUUCUUUGAUGGAUCGAUUGGUCAUGUGAUGCCCGAGGUCGAGGCGAGCAAGGCUGAACCUGCGGUUGUUCCAAGCGAGGUCGCGGCAUCUGUUCAUGACAAAUCGAAUACGGACCAGGAAGAGGACAAUCAUGAUGAAGUGACCUACUCUGCAGAAACUCAAGCCCACUCGGGACCGUUGAGCCACUUGGAGAAGGUGAAGCCACGAAUUGCCGCUGACAAAGCCCGCUCUCUUCCCGAUGAUGAGAUUCGUGAGGACUUCAAUGAUGACUUUACUAAGGUUGUUGAGGGGGAAAAAGCCGAACUGCUACGGCUUCUUUCUUACUUCAAUGAGGCCUUCAUGUUUCCAUGCAAGUUCAGCAAGUCUGGAUGUGAAUCGACAUUUCAUCGUUACGAUAAAGCGGACCAUGAAGAGGCGUGUGAGUUCAGACCCUACAGCUGCCCUUGCCCUGGUGCGGUGUGCAGAUGGCAAGGAGCCCUUCAAGAAGUGAUGCCACAUUUAAUUAAGAUCCAUAGGAGGAUUACGACUUUACAAGGCGAGGGCCUUGUCUUUUUGGCUACCGACAUCAAUUUACCGGGGGCAGUUGAUUGGGUCAUGAUGCAGAACUGUUUUGGAUAUCACUUUAUGAUAGUACUCGAGAAGCAAGUGUGGCUU